AUCACAAUCGAAAGUGGAACAUGUCUUUCUAUUUUAGUUGUCUUGUGUUAGAAAAUAAAAAAAAACCAGUUGGAAAGUAACUGUAAAGCAGAAAGGUGGGAUUUAGAACGCGCAAAAGAACAGAAAAGAGAGAGAGAGAGAGAGAGAGAGAGAGAACGAGUUAGAAUUGAAAAGUUGAAGAAACAGCAACAAUCACUGCAUCUUCAAUGGCGAUGUUAUCUGAACCCAAUCACUAGCAGCAAUAAACGACAUAUAAAGAGAUCACACGACAUGGCUCACAAUAACAAUAACCCCAACAACGUCGUGGAUGGCUUUACUCACCGAGUCAACAGCCCGCGUUACACGGGUUCAAUGACUCGUCGAGCUCACUCGUUCAAGCGCAGCAGCAACAAUAACAGUGGAAGUGCUGUUAAUGAGAUUGAGCUUCAAAUCAACUCACCUAGAUCCCCCUUGGGUUCUGCUACUGCAGCUGAAGGCUUGUCCUUGGAUCCUGUUUUGAAGAGGAAGCAUCAUCAUCAUCAUCGUGUGAGCCAUAAGGAGAGGAACAAGAAGCUUGGACAUUGGAUGUUCUUGCUGUUCUGUGGGGUGUGUUUGUUUCUGGCUCUUCUUAAGAUUUUUGCUUCUGGUUGGUGGUUCCAAUUUGCAAUAGAUAGCGGAGAUGAAUCCAUUCAGGAACAAUUUGAUUCCAUUACUAGUCAAAAUCUGAAGGAUCAAAGUUCCCAUGGUUAUGCAUUUAGGGAGGGAGCAAGUGAUGUUGAACGAACUCUAAAGAUGGUAGCUACAGGAAUUAUUGAUAGCCAGACUGGCAUUGCUGAAGAAUCUGGUAUAUGGUCUAAUCCCAACUAUGAGAAUUUCUCCCAAUGCAUAGACCUGCAAAGAAAUCAUAAGAAGCUGAAUGUGAAAACCAAUGGCUACAUUCUUGUAAAUGCUAAUGGUGGCCUGAAUCAGAUGAGAUUUGGGAUAUGUGAUAUGGUUGCUGUUGCUAAGAUUAUGAAGGCAACACUUGUUCUUCCUUCUCUCGAUCACACCUCCUACUGGGCUGAUGCGAGUGGCUUCAAGGAUUUGUUUGACUGGAAACAUUUUAUUGAGACACUGAAGGAUGAUAUCCACGUAGUUGAGACACUGCCACCUGCCUAUGCUGAAAUUGAACCUUUCCCAAAAACGCCAAUAUCUUGGUCUAAGGCCAGUUAUUACAAGACUGAUGUUCUUCCCCUCCUAAAGCAGCACAAAGUGAUCUAUUUCACCCAUACUGAUUCCAGGCUUGCUAAUAAUGGAAUUCCAAGUUCCAUAGAAAAACUAAGAUGUCGUGUAAAUUAUAGAGCAUUGAAAUAUUCAGCUCCGAUUGAAGAAUUUGGAAACAAAUUGGUAUCUAGAAUGCGACAGAACAAAAUUCCGUAUCUUGCACUUCAUUUGAGGUAUGAGAAGGAUAUGCUUGCAUUUACAGGCUGCAGUCACAAUUUGACUGCAGAAGAAGAUGAAGAACUACGACAGAUGCGGUAUGAAGUUGGUCAUUGGAAGGAGAAGGAGAUUAAUGGGACUGAGAGGAGAUUGAUUGGAGGUUGUCCAUUAACGCCAAGGGAAACUUCCUUACUGCUUAGAGCACUUGGUUUUCCAUCACAAACCAGAAUUUAUCUGGUAGCUGGAGAAGCAUAUGGAAGAGGAAGCAUGAAAUAUCUCAAGGAUGAUUUUCCCAACAUUUUCUCUCAUUCCUCUCUGUCUUUAGAAGAAGAGUUGAAUCCUUUCAAGAAUCACCAGAACAUGUUAGCUAGUAUAGACUACAUUAUUGCCCUUCAGAGUGAUGUAUUUCUUUAUACUUAUGAUGGAAAUAUGGCAAAGGCAGUACAAGGUCAUAGGCGCUUUGAACACUUCAAGAAGACCAUCAAUCCAGACAAGAUAAAUUUUGUGAAACUAGUUGAUAAGUUGGAUGAAGGGAAAAUUUCUUGGAAGAAGUUCAGCUCUAAGGUGAAAAAGCUUCAUGAAGACCGUGUUGGUGCUCCAUAUCCUAGGGAGCGCGGAGAAUUUCCUAAGCUGGAGGAAAGUUUUUAUGCAAAUCCUCUGCCAGGUUGUAUCUGUGAAACAAGAUUGGAGUAGGGAAUUGGUCAAAAGCUGUCUUUCAUAUAAUGGGCAUUUCAUAACUCUUCAGAAGGUGGGAAUGUUGAUUUUUCAGAAGUUGGGUUAUCUGAUAUGGUGCUAUACAUUGCCCUUGACGUUGGACAUAAAAGGAUCAAGGAAAAGUGGUAAGAACUGAGCAAAUCAAUUCACCUGCACUUCAAAUUCAAGUAUCAAGCGCAUGCAGAUCAUGUAUACUGUAUAGUCUAUACCAUUCACCAUACCUUGUCAGGGAAACCUCAUCCUUAACCACUCUUGUAAUGAAAAGUUUUUUCUGCCUUUUCUUUUUCAUUUCUAGAUUUUAAAAUUAUUCAAUACCUUUUCAUGUCAAGAAAAGAGGGUGAGAGUGAAUAAGUUUUAUAGUUCAUUAUUCAACAAUAUAAAAGAUCCUGAUUCUAUGCAUUAGAAUUAUUUUAAGCAUGUAUCCUUAGCAAGUCAUCCAUUUUGCUUAUUUUAGUUGAUCGAGAUAUUGUUCACUAAUGAUAAACUUCAUAUUCAUAUAAUUUGGCUGCUUUAAUUGUUUGCUGAUAAAGUAAGAGUUUAGUGAAAUAGAUAGAAACUUGGUCAAAAUAUUAUCGUGAUUCAAUUGUAGUUGGACAAGACAAAUAUUAACUCAUUCUCAG